AUGGAGGAGGACGAGAGGCGGCUGUCGUUUCCGCCGCCGGCGCCGCUGCACUCGCCCGGAGAAGAAAUAGACGGUUCUCGGCUUUUGGGAGAGAUAAUCCGAACCCUUGAGGCUACAAAUCCCGAGGCUGUGGCUCCUCUCGUCGCGUCGCAGUCUCGAGAUGCCCUCGAUAAGAAGGAGGAAGAACCUCGACGGGAGGAACUGCGGAUACCUCUCGAUGUCACGUUCUCAGAGUCAGUGGGGAAAGCUGAUGAGCCUCGAGCGGUGGUCACCCCCUUCACAAGAGAGUCGGCUAAGCGUGCGGGAUCGCGUGGGGCUCAAUUGGUCCGUGAGUUCGGUUUUAUGCCCCGACGUCGCCUCAGUGUCGAAGAUGGUGCCCGUCUCCCAAGGAAGUACGAGCCUUUCCCGCCGAAACUGUAUGGACGGCCUCUGGAAGAGAUCGACAAUUUUAUUUACGAUGAGACUUUCUGUGUGGUGUCGAAACGAUUUCGCAAGAACUAUAUUCACCGGUUCACGGCGACUCGAUCACUCUUUUGGUGGUCGCCGUGGUCUCCGGUCCGACGUGCGUGCGUCUACCUCUCGACCAACCAGUACUUUGACUACUUCGUCAUGGCCACCAUUCUGCUUAACUGUGUCUUCCUUGCCAUGUCGGAGACAAUCGAAGAGGCUGAGUACAUAUUCUUGGCGAUCUAUACGGCGGAGAUGAUAAUCAAAUGCAUAGCAAAAGGCUUCAUACUCAACAAGUACACUUACCUAAGGAACCCGUGGAACUGGCUAGACUUCGUUGUGAUCACUUCAGGCUACGCUACUAUCGGGAUGGAGGUCGGCAACUUAGCUGGUUUGAGAACCUUUAGAGUGCUGAGGGCGUUAAAAACAGUAUCAAUUAUGCCAGGUCUAAAAACUAUCAUCAAUGCACUACUCCAUUCCUUUAAGCAACUAGCAGAGGUAAUGACGCUGACAAUCUUUUGCCUCAUGGUAUUUGCAUUGUUUGCAUUACAAGUGUACAUGGGAGAGCUUCGGAACAAAUGCGUGCAAGAUCUAGUCGUUUCGCCUGGAGAGAAUUUUACUGAUGAAUUAUGGAUAAAUUGGAUCAGCAAUUCGUCUCAUUGGAUGGUGGAUGAUGAAGAAGUACCUAUUAUCUGCGGUAACCUGACCGGCGCGAGGCACUGUCCGCCGCAGUUCACUUGCCUGUGUGUUGGGCCCAAUCCUAACCAUGGGUAUACAAACUUUGACAACUUCCUAUGGUCAAUGCUCACCACCUUCCAACUCAUCACUUUGGACUAUUGGGAAAAUGUUUACAAUAUGGUACUAUCGUCUUGUGGACCAAUGUCGGUGUCGUUUUUCACCGUGGUUGUGUUUUUUGGAUCAUUCUACCUCAUCAACUUGAUGCUAGCCGUCGUAGCACUCAGCUACGAAGAAGAAUCGCAAAUAACGCAGGAGGAAAGGAAGAAAGAUCUUAACGAACAUCGUGACGAUUCAACAUUUAGCUUCGAUCCCACCUCUCUGGCAGUGAGGACGUUAGCCAGGGACUCCAAAAAACGGAUCGAUGCAAGAAAAGGAUUAUUACUUGCCUCGUACUCCAGAAAACGUACACGAAGACGCAAACGGGGAAAAAGCACUAUACAUCACACUAACACAGUGACUGUGACUGAGAGAUCGCGUUCGCGAUCCAGGUCGCGGUCAGUAACUCCUAGCGGGUCACCGCCGCCGCUGCCAGCACCACCUCCUCCGCCACCACCCCCACACACCUUACAUCCUGAUAAUGCCCUAGGUCGAGGAGCUCUAAGCGUCGCCGGCCGCCAGCUCAGUGAUCAUAGUAACAAUCGAGAGUCAUCAUUAGAUGAUUCUGGCGUAGUUGAUGAUCAUGAUGAUGGAGAGCACACAUCUGAUGACCAAGCGCCACAUCCUCACAGACGACAUUUGUUGCCAGUACAUCCACCAACGACACUACCCCUAAAACAGGAAAACAAAAAGCAUGAAUUAAAGAAAAAAGACAAAUCCAAAACAGAGAUACAAGUGGAAAACGCGAAAAAGAGUGAAAAAGCAAGCAUUCACGAAAGAUAUCCGCUUAACCCGGAUUAUCUAAAUCAGAUUGUGGUUCUAGGGGCGGACUGGCCAUACAAGCGCGCGCCCGACCUCCCCCAAGCGGAGACGACGAAAAUUAAUGAGCUCAGUUUAUUGGCAGCAACGCACAAAUCUCAUAUGGGCAAUUACGAGCAAAAUUGCACUUACUUCACAGAUGAACUUGUGGACAGGAACUGCGAAUGCUGCGUGACUUGUUGUAUAGACUACGAAGGUUGGCUGCAAUUCCAGAACUGUUUAUAUGGAAUAGUGAAGGAUCCAUUGUUCGAACUAUUCAUAACGACUUGUAUAGUUUUGAAUACGCUUUUUCUUGCCUUGGAGCAUCACGGAAUGAGUGAAAAUGUUAGACAGGCUUUAGAUAUAGGAAAUAAGGUUUUCACGUCAAUAUUUACUUUAGAAUGUAUAAUGAAAGUGAUGGCAAUGAGUAAAGACUUCUUCGCUUGUGGAUGGAACAUUUUCGACUUAAUCAUAGUAUCUGCUAGCCUGUUGGAUCUCAUUUUUGAGCUUGUAGAUGGUCUAUCCGUAUUACGGGGCCUUAGAUUGUUGCGAGUGUUAAAGUUAGCUCAGUCAUGGACUACAAUGAAAGUUUUGUUGAGUAUUAUAAUAUCAACUAUAGGUGCUCUCGGUAACUUGACGUUUGUGUUAGUGAUAGUUAUUUAUAUAUUUGCUGUAAUUGGUAUGCAGCUCUUCUCUAAAUCGUAUACUCCAGAAAAAUUCGACCCUGACCCUGUGCCGAGGUGGAACUUCAACGACUUUUUCCACUCAUUCAUGAUGAUAUUUCGUAUUUUAUGCGGAGAGUGGAUCGAGCCGUUAUGGGAUUGUAUGCGUGCAGAACAAGCGAGCGGUGCGGAAAGCUGCUUCUUCAUAUUCUUACCCGCUCUAGUUAUGGGCAACUUCAUGGUGCUCAACCUCUUUCUUGCUUUGCUGCUCAAUAGCUUUAAUAGUGAAGAACUUAAAAAUAGAAAAGAGGAAGUAGGAGACGAUUCAAAAUUAGCUAAAAGUUUUGAUAGAAUACGAUCAAUAAUUGGAAAAAAAGGUUUUCUUAUAUCUAGAAGUAAAGAGACUGAAAAGAAAUCUAAAUUAGAAGAGCUAGUUAAUGAAUAUAUGUUACAAAAUCGUACAGUAGAGAAAAAAAUGUCAAUUCCUAGCGAACAAAGAUUUUCAGGGGUACAAGAAACUAUAUUAUUUCCUCACGACAAUAUUUAUAGUCAUAGUUAUCAAGAAGCGUUAAAUAGGCCAAUAAGUGUAGGUUCUGAAUUCGGAUUUCCACCUAUUUAUCAAGCAGGGAAUAAUUUUAACCAUGGUAGUCAAGAAACUCUAAAAGAUGUUCGAGACUUAGCUGCAGAACAUAAAAUAACUAGUAUAAGAGAAGAUUCCAAAGAAAACCUUGAUGAUAAUUCACCUGUUGAUCUCAUCACCGCUCAGAGGCUAUUAAAUCAGAUGUCGUCUGGUUAUCACACACAACCCUCAGAUUCUAGAGAUGAUGAACACUAUGAAAUGGCGCAAAUAUCCAGUAGAACAACUCCUGAAAAAUCAAGGCGUCACGCAAGAGAAUUAUCCAGAAAUCUACUUAGAGAAUCAGGGGCUAAACCUGGUGAAGAAGAUAUGAAGCAUCCUUGGCAAACAUUAGUUUCAUAUGUAGAUGAAUUGACUGUAGGUGGAAGAAAGAACUCAAAAGGUCAAUAUGCAGAUCCCACGGGAAAGUUUCCGGGAUUCGGAAAGCAAAAGGAGCCGAAAGUACCUGAAAAUUGUUUUCCCCGACAAUGCUAUAAACAGUGCUCUUGCUGGGAUGCUUGUAUUCAAACGAAAUUAGGACAGAAAUGGAUGUUUAUACGUACAUUUGUGUUGCGUUACGUUGAUACUCCAGCUUUUGAGUGGUUCGUCUUAGUUCUAAUUUUUGCCUCAAGUAUUACUCUGUGUUUUGAGGAUAUACAUUUAGAAAAAAAUAAACCACUUAAAAAAAUACUUUAUUGGACAAACCUCAGCUUCUGCAUGAUAUUUGUUAUAGAGAUGUUUUUCAAGUGGAUAGCGUUGGGCUUCUACCGAUACUUCACAAGUUUCUGGACGUUACUUGAUUUUACAAUAGUGUUCGUAUCAGUAUUUAGUUUGUUAAUAGAAGAAAAUGAAAAUUUAAAAGUAUUGCGAUCUCUUAGAACUCUGAGGGCAUUAAGGCCUCUAAGAGCCAUUUCCCGAUGGCAAGGUAUGCGUAUAGUUGUGAACGCUCUUAUGUACGCUAUACCUAGUAUUUUCAAUGUGUUACUAGUAUGUCUAGUGUUUUGGCUAAUAUUUUCUAUCAUGGGAGUGCAGUUUUUUGGAGGAAAAUUUUUUAAAUGUGUGGAUGGUGAUGGGGAAUUAUUACCCUUAGAGAUAGUUAAUGACAAAUGGGAGUGUGAAUACAACAAUUAUACGUGGAUCAAUUCAAAAAUAUCCUUCGAUCACGUUGGAAUAGCAUAUUUAGCUUUAUUUCAAGUAGCUACAUUCGAAGGUUGGAUGGAAGUGAUGGCUGACGCAGUUGAUGCUAGAGGAGUAAACUUACAACCAGCGAGAGAAGCUAAUCUUUACGCUUAUAUAUACUUUGUUAUAUUUAUCGUAUGCGGAUCAUUCUUCACACUUAAUCUAUUUAUAGGAGUAAUUAUAGAUAACUUUAAUAUGCUCAAAAAAAAGUAUGAGGGUGGAGUGCUUGAAAUGUUUCUCACGGAAAGCCAAAAGCAUUAUUAUACGGCUAUGAAAAAGUUAGGUAGGAAAAAGCCCCAGAAAGUAAUAAAGAGGCCAAGGAAUCAAUUUCUAGCUAUGUUUUACGAUUUAUCAAAUUCAAGGAGGUUUGAAAUAGCUAUAUUCGUUCUUAUAUUCUUAAAUAUGCUCACAAUGGGCAUAGAGCAUUACGACCAACCGCAUUCGGUAUUUUUCGUAUUAGAAGUUAGUAAUGCGUUUUUUACUACUGUUUUUGGCUUAGAGGCAAUAGUUAAAAUUGUAGGUCUACGCUAUCACUAUUUUACAGUACCAUGGAAUGUUUUCGACUUUUUGCUAGUUCUAGCUUCUAUAUUAGGUAUCGUCAUGGAAGAUAUAAUGAUAGAUUUGCCAAUAUCUCCCACUUUACUUCGAGUAGUUCGAGUUUUCCGCAUAGGGAGAAUUUUAAGACUGAUUAAAGCCGCGAAAGGCAUAAGGAAACUGUUGUUCGCCUUAGUGGUAUCGUUACCCGCACUAUUCAAUAUUGGCGCCUUACUUGCCUUAAUAACAUUCAUCUACGCGAUUAUUGGCAUGUCUGUGUUCGGACACGUGAAAGAACAGGGCGCAUUAGAUGAUAUUGUCAAUUUUCAAACGUUUGGUAGAAGCAUGCAAUUACUUUUUCGUCUUAUGACAUCUGCUGGUUGGAACGAUGUUUUAGAAUCUCUCAUGAUUCAACCUCCUGAUUGUGAGCUUGGUGACCACGGACACACUAAUGGAAACUGCGGAAGUCCUUUGUUAGCUAUAACAUAUUUCACAUCUUUUAUCAUCAUAAGCUAUAUGAUUGUAAUAAACAUGUACAUUGCUAUUAUUCUUGAGAAUUUCAAUCAAGCUCAUCAAGAAGAAGAGAUUGGUAUCGUUGAAGAUGACUUAGAAAUGUUUUAUAUCAGAUGGUCUAAAUAUGAUCCACACGCUACUCAAUUUAUUAGUUUUGUUCAAUUAUCUGACUUUAUAGCUUCUUUAGACCCUCCUCUAGGAAUAUCUAAACCGAAUACAGUGGCUCUUGUCAGUUUUAAUUUACCUAUUGCUAGGGGUAACAAAAUCCACUGCUUAGACAUUUUACAUGCACUCGUUAAGCAUGUAUUAGGUCAUGUGGAGGAAACUGAUACUUUUAGACAGUUACAAGAACAAAUGGAUAUUAAAUUUAAGAAACAAUUCCCAACGAGAAAAGAGUUAGAAAUAGUGUCUUCUACACGAAUAUGGAAAAGGGAAGACAAAGCUGCACGAACAAUACAACGGUCAUGGAGAGAAUAUGUAAAAAGGAAAAAUCGAAGUCCUUCACAAGAGGAAGAGAGUACGAAGUGGUCUCCAGGGCACGGUUGGGGAGGUAAAUUAAGUGCGUUGUUGCACGUACGGAGAGGAUCACACGCGUCCAGUCGAAAAUCAUCGAGAGCAUCUGAUGCUUCUGAUCUGAGUGAUAUUGGCGGAGCUUGGCUUAAUUUACCACUUUUAUUGCUGCCUGGAGCAACUCCAAAUGAACAGGCUAGUGGUUCAGAAACUGCCCCACUUCGCAGAAGGUCUGCAUAUGGCUUGCCCCUAUUCCUUCGACAUCAGGAUGCCGUGGACGAGGACGUCGUCCCGAAACGAGCAGGUUCACUUCGUCUGACCUCCCGGCGUAGCUCUGCGCGUCGUCCCACCCCGCCCGCGCGCGCUUGUACCCCCUCCCCUCACGCCAACAGCGCUGUCAGCAUCCUUGUGACGGAAGCGUCCCCCGACGCCGCGCCGCCGCCCGCCGCGCCCCCUACCGUCGUCCGCGUGCUAGUGCACAGAGAGAGCGACGAACACCCCAGC